UCAUUAUUUCGCUAACAAAACGGUUUUUUGAUGUGGUACCCAAUUUUUUAUAUUAAAGAUGUACGUGAAUAAAGUGCCUAUAACAAUAAGUGACACAUUUUGAUUUCAUAAUCAGGAUUUCAUAAGAAUGGAGCUAAUGAACAAAGACGCAUUGAGGCUGAGAAUAGACUUAGCGUCGUCUUCAAUAUUUUCUUUCAAACAGGAUCCGACGUUAGUUGCUGCGAUAAAUAGGUUAUACAGUAGAGAAGAAAUGGCAGGUUUACAAAUAAUAUUGCCCGAAAGAAAAUUGCUUUUUACCGAAGUGCAACAACUUUUGAAGCAGUCUUGUGAAGUCAAUGUUCCAACGAAACCAGAUGACUUGACAAAACACGCAAAACAAACAAGAAAUGCUAUCAUCAAGAAAAUUGAAGAUAUAUUGGGUAAUAUCAACAAUAGUGCUGAAAGAGAUGCCUCACCUAAACUUAUCAUAAGAAACCAAAGGUUAUGGAGCAAUUGUAUCUAUGAUUUAGAUCGUGUCGCAUUAAAAUCCUUGCACGAUGCUAAGACUACAACUUUGUGUUACAUGAAUGCAGAAGAUAAAUCUCGUUUUAACACUAUUGUUUUCGUCUUAACUAAAGUUCAUGAAUUACUCUCGAAAAAUUUGACUGUCACUAGAAGGGAACUAUUCUAUCAGAACGUGUCGAGAUUUGGUAAUCAAUCAAGAGUCGAUGUCGGAGUAAGAGAUGUAUGUUGUUUAUUAGAUAUACCACCUUGGGAUUUGGGUAUAGUAGCUACUGCUAAAGGACUAAUCGCAGGCCCUCUAAAGAUAUACCAAAGUGACGGAAGCAUUGUUGAUUGUAUGAUGUCGGGAGGUACGUUAAUACCGCAAGACAUAAAAGGAAUUAAAGAGUUUAAGUCUUCUGCUAAAUACAUAUUAGUUGUGGAGAAAGAUGCUAUCUUUCAAAAGUUGCUAGAUGAAGGAGCGCUGAUUCGAUUGGGACCAGUCAUCAUUUUAACGGGUAAAGGCUAUCCUGAUGUAUGCACACGUCAGUUGCUUUGCCGAUUGGUAAAUGAACUACGGCUAAAAGCAUUGGCGCUAGUGGACCCUGAUCCACAUGGAUACGAAAUCUUCUUGACAUAUAAAUACGGUUCUUUGGCACAGUCUCACUUGUCGGAUUCUCUGGCAUGCAGCAGCUUGCUGCUACUCGGCGCUCGGCAUCAUGAUAUCAUGAUCCUUGCCCCUAAGGCGGCUCAGCUGCCCCUCACUCAGCUGGACAAACGCAAACUUGCAGCUCUGAUUAAAAGGCCCUACUUGAAUACACCUACAGGUGCUCGGGUAAAAAGUGACCUAGAAGUUAUGUUGAUGAGUGGUGUGAAGGCUGAGAUAGAAGCAGUGGCAUCCACAGCCGCCGCAUUAUGCGACUCUUACUUACCCUCGAAACUCAUACAGGGUGAUCAUUUGGGCUAAAUGAAAACUAACGAAGAAUUCUAACCUAUUUAUCUGUGUUCAAUUUUG